AUGUGCUCUACAGAUUUUAGGCCCACUUGUCCAACCAUUCUUCCAUGUGGUUCAGGCCCGUGCUUUUUUAACUGUUCUUCUCCACAACCUUGCUGUCAACCUUGUUGCCCUCCUCCAGUUCCUUGCACUCCUUGUCCUCCUUGUAUCUGUAAGCCCGUGUUUAGACCAUGUCCCGGACCAGUCAUACCAGAUUUGGUACCACCAUUAGUUCCUUUGUUGCCGUCUUGUAAGCCUCGUAGAAAACCGUAUUCUGAGCCUUGCCCACCACCGCCCUCCACACCCGUUUGUUGCCCACCGGUUUUACCUUGCUGUCCACCUCCAGAACCCUGUGAUCCACCUCCGCUGUGUCCGUGUCCAGAACCAACACCUUGCUACCAGCCAGUGCUGCCGCGUUGCAACCCCCAAUGUCCACCGCCCAUCCUUCCUAAGCAACAGCCGAUUUGUCCACGAGCACCACCUUGUCUGUAUCCUUGUUUGCCAAUUUCUAGAAGUUGCUGCCCAGAUUGCGAAUUGGAUCCUGUAACUCGAAGAAGACCUUUGAUAGUACAUGAUAGUGUUUUUGCAAAUAGACCAUCAAGUUUGCCUGCAGAAUGUUUCACAAGACGUAAUCCCAACGUGCGAUACUCCACUUGUAAUUAUGUUAAACAGGAUCCUGAAUCUGGUUGCUACUAUCACGUCGACGUACCUCUACGAUAA